CGUCGUUGAUAGUGACACCUCCAAAUUCUCCCCUUUAUAUAUUCUCUUGACCAACCUUAAUUUUCUUGAGGCAAUUCUACACCCCCUAUUUUUUCACUCAAAAGUAAAGGCAAAUAUUGAAGAAAACUUUGUAUCAACAACCACUUUUAGUUCCCUCUACACAUUUAAGAAAGAAUGAAGUCAUCACCAACUCAUUUCUUCUUUAAACAUAAUAGUAUGCUUCUAAGACUUCUUAUAUUCAUACUAGGCAUUUGCUCAAUCAACAGAAGCAACUUCUGUUGUGACCAACUUUUUGCGACCCCAGCUACUAAUUCUAUUACCCCUUCGAGUUUCUCAGCGAUCGAGUCAUCGCUGAAACAGUUGAAGAUCGAAGGGUACUUUAGUUUCAAGAAUUUCGAUCACGUGGCCAAGGACUUUGGCAACAGAUAUCACUUCCUGCCGUUAGCCGUUCUGUACCCGAAAUCAGUUUCCGACAUAUCGGCCACGGUAAAACAUGUUUUUAACAUGGGUACAACAACAGAACUAACUGUUGCUGCUAGAGGACAUGGUCACUCUUUAGAAGGACAAGCUCAAGCUUACCAGGGAGUAGUGAUCAGCAUGGAAUCGCUUCGAGCACCAGCGAUGCGGUUCCACCAAGGGGAACUGCCUUUUGUUGAUGUAUCUGCUGGUGAACUUUGGAUAAAUAUCCUGCAUGAAAGUCUUAAACUUGGAUUAACACCAAAAUCUUGGACUGAUUAUCUUCACCUCACAGUUGGAGGCACUUUGUCGAAUGCCGGGAUCAGCGGACAAGCAUUCAAACAUGGACCUCAGAUCAAUAAUGUCUACCAACUCGAAGUUGUCACCGGUAAAGGAGAGGUGAUUACUUGUUCAGAGGAGAAGAAUGCUGACCUGUUCUACGGUGUACUAGGAGGACUAGGCCAGUUUGGUAUCAUCACAAGAGCAAGAAUUGCUCUGCAACCGGCACCUAAAAAGGUUAAGUGGAUCAGAGUGCUGUAUUCAGAUUUCUCGACGUUUUCCAAUGAUCAAGAGCAGUUGAUAUCAUCCAAGGAUUCUUUCGACUACGUAGAAGGAUUUGUCGUUAUCAAUCGAACAGGAUUGUUGAACAACUGGAGGUCUACUUUCAAUCCUAAAGAUCCACUUUUCGCUCGAAAGUUCAGUUCUGAAGGAAAAGUUCUCUACUGCUUAGAAGUUGCCAAAUACUUCAAUCCAGACGAGACAGCUAAUACCAAUCAGAAUAUUGAUGCCCUCUUAUCAACGUUGAAUUAUAUCGAAUCCUCGCUGUUUCAAUCAGAAGUCUCCUACGUGGAAUUCCUCGACAGAGUCCACGUAUCCGAGAUGAAACUCCAAGAGAAGGGGUUAUGGGAUGUUCCUCAUCCAUGGCUAAACCUUCUAAUUCCAAGGAGCAAGAUACAUGACUUUACACAAGAAGUUUUCGGGAAGAUACUUACCGAUACUAGCCAUGGUCCUAUACUCAUCUACCCCGUCAACAAAUCAAAGUGGAUAAAAGGAACAUCAAUGGUUACACCAGAAGAAGACAUCAUGUAUUUAAUAGCGUUUCUAUCUUCUGCCGUUCCAUCGUCCACAGGAAAAGAUGGACUAGAACAUAUUCUAAGUAAGAACAAGAAGAUAUUAAACUUUUGCGGUAAAGCAAAUAUUGGAAUGAAACAGUAUUUGCCACAUUACACAACACAGGAAGACUGGAAAGUUCACUUUGGCCCUCGAUGGGAAACAUUCGCUAGGAGGAAAUCUACGUAUGAUCCUUUGGCUAUCCUAGCUCCUGGACACGGAAUUUUUAAAAGAGUGUCACUCCUUCAACAACAAUGAUUUCUUCCGAUAAAAUAAAUACCUAUAUAGAGUUAUUUACAUAGAUCUCUAUGGUUAUAAUGCUCCACAAUGUAUACAUGUAACAACGUUGAAGCAUUGUAGCAUUCUUUUUCAGAAAGAACUAUCUUUGUAAAUUGAAUACCUGAAAACUGGCAGCGACUCCGAUGCUUGUGCUUAGGGGAUUUCAUUAA